GUGAAACUAAGAGCUAUAAAAAUUGUAGCAACAACCAUUCGAGCUCAGUAAGAUAGCGGGCGCUGUGUGAAAUAAUGUUUCCCUUAAUCUUCACAACAUGUUUGGCUGUUGCAAGCGCAAUGCCCUCGUACAUAGCGGUGCCUGCGGAUCAGAUAGCUUUCGUCGACCUUAGUACGCUACGGGCGAGGCGGGUCCCGAGGCAGACCCUUGAACCGCCAUUGCCGGAAGCAUUGUAUACAGAUAACUAUCAGCCAAUACCGCUGCAGAACUACCAGCAAGGAACUGUAGCCCUGGCACCGCCUCCUCUACCAGUGAAGGUACAGGCUCAAGAACAAGCUGCUAGCAAUGAGGGAAUAUCUCAGUAUGCUGAAAGGCCUCCAGAUUUCGGAGAAUACGUGGAUUUUGGGGCUCAUACAGGGGAUAACGGAGCGUUUGGGUGGUACGCUGACUACCCCAUCAAUAAUCAAGGACAUGGAUUCGGAAAAUAGUUUUCAGUAGAUUUAAGAUUUUUAAAUUACUAUUUAUAGUAUUUGUUUUGAUACCACUUUGUUUUGUAGGGCACUUGUUUUGUUAGUUUGUGGUAGAUUUUAAAUCUUGCCGAUGUUAAUUUAAGUUACCAAAGACAGUAUUUCGAGUGAUAUUUUUAUGCAGAAUUACCGCACAUUUGUUUUAGACGGUCUAAUUCCGCUCACUCUAUGUAAGUUCCUAAAAUGUUAUAAGUUGACAAAGUAUACUGUGAUAGCACCAAGGUAGUUCAAUCUAUUAUUAGAAAUUUCAAUCUUUUAUCUUUUCUUAUCUAUCUUUUUUUAUCUAUGCCGCUUCUUCUUUAUGCUUUAUACACGCUUUUAUUCACUAUGUAAAAUUCCUCAAUCUUUAUCCUAUACUUCUUCUUUCCUUUGCUCUUUUUACUUUCAUUCUUUGCAGUACUUAAAUUUCAUUUUUAAUCUUCUUUUCUAUGACUUAAAAACUAAGUGAUUUUUUUUAAAGAUACACACUGGGUUUAAAAUAAUAACUCAGUGUAUUUUUUAAAUACAUACUAUACUUAUGAUAUAUAAAAAAAUCACAAUUUCACUUUUAGACGCUCUUCACUUUGCCUUCUUCACUCUGCUUCCAAUUCUUUUCUUAUCAAUUUAUUUCCUUUCUUUUCCUGUCUUUUUUUUCUAAUCUUAUUUCAAUCUAUACCACUUUUUUUCAUAUUUAUUGUAUAUCUUUUAUGAAUCUAACUUAAAUCUUACUAUAUUUUUUAUACUUUCACUAUCUCAUACAUAUAAAAUGAGUCAUCUAAAGCAUUUUUAAGGAUCAUCUAUAUAUUUGUUGAUCAUAUUCACUUGACCCUUCUUUACAUCUAUUUCAUUUUCUUUUAUCUUUCCUUGUCUCUUCUUAAUAUUUUCUGUGACACUUACAUAAUAUCUUUUCUAAUCUGAUACAAAAUUUCCUCUGCUUACUUCUUUAUUUUACUUCUGUUAUUGAAGUACUUUAUUUAUUUGCAGAAUCUAUUUAUAAAAUUCUUUUCAAAAUAUUAUCUUAAUGAUUUAAUUCUUCCUUUCAAAUAUUUCUCUUAUUCACUUCAUUCUAUACCAUUUCCAAUACAAUCUCAUAUCAUUUUAUGUUUCUCUCUUAAUCUCUUCUGUAUGACUUUCUGCUAUCAUUCUCAUUCUACUCUACUCUUAUUGUCUCUUUUUUUAUUCCUUCUCUUUCUAUUGUUAAAAAUCUUCUUUCUAUUCUGUCUUAUUCUUAAUUUCUAACUUUUAUCUCUUGUUUCAUGUCUAUUUUCUAAUCUCAAACUUCACUUCUCAUUGUCAUCACUAUUUACUUGAAAUAUCUAUGUAUAAUUUUUCUUUCUCUCGCAGAACUUAAUUUCAAAUCAUAUCACUGUUCAUCUCAUAUACUCUCUAUAUAUUUUUGUACCAAGUCUCAAUUUACUUCCUCUAUAACAUCUUGUACGUUAUUCUUGUCUUAAAUUCAAUUUUCAUCUUCUUUAUUCUUUCAUGAAGCUAUUUUUCUGUGUUUUUCUCUCUAUUCUUUUGAUCUCUGUACAUCAUAUCAUAUCUCCGGAUCUUUCCUGCUUCAUGUGGACUUGAAAUGUUACUAUCAAUUCUUCUCUAAUUCUUCCAUUAUCUCUCCUUUUUAAAUUUAGAAUUUUUAUCAUCAUUAUAUUUAUUUUAUAUGUAUUUAUAUUUAAUAAAUAUUAUUCAAUAUCUUUAUCAAUAUUUUGGAUAAUAUUAUAUAUUUUCAUAAUUUCUCUUUCUUAUUUAAAUCUAUUGUCUACUUAUCUUAGUUUCACUCUUUGUCUAUUUAUCUUAUUUUUAUUCUUUAUACUUCUUUUCUUGUAUUUACAUCUCAUAUUUAUGUAUUCUUCUUAUUUAUUUAACUCUACAUGUAAUCUGAUACCAACUGUUUUGCCUCUAAAAAGUUUAUAUUUCUUGCUCUCAUAUUUCUGUCUUUCCACUUUCUAUUUUUUUUCUUACACAACUAUAUAACAUCUUUUAUCUUUUCUUCUAUACUAUUAUGCAUAAUUUUUUUUUCUUAUCUAUUUUCUAAUAACAUGAACAACCUGGUGAUUUUUAUAAUUCUUAAGGAAAAGCACGAUUUGUUAUUUGUUACGUUAU